CACCCUGAGCAGGCAUGACUGGGAAGUGACCUCACCCAGUGUUUAAAAUGCGUUCAUUCAGGAAAUUCACCCAAACAAAGGACAAAGGGAGUAUUCUCAUCACUGCACAGAAGAUACAGCAGUGUCAGCAGCAGAUUUGUCAGAAUUGUUCCACAGCAAGUAACUAUGGCUAACAGAGGACCAAGCUAUGGCCUAAGUCGAGAAGUGCAGGAGAAAAUUGAUCAGAAAUAUGAUACAGAAUUAGAAGCAAGACUGGUUGACUGGAUUAUUUUACAACUAGGUGAGACUGUAGAACGUCCACAGCCUGGAAAGUCACAUUUUCAACAGUGGCUAAUGGAUGGCACAAUUUUAUGCAACUUGAUAAACAGUUUACACUCAAGUGGAAAAGGACCAGUGAGAAAAAUUUCUGAAUCUAAGAUGGCCUUCAAACAAAUGGAACAAAUUUCUGAGUUCCUCAGAAGUGCAGAAGCAUAUGGAGUCACAACAACUGACAUCUUUCAAACAGUAGAUUUAUGGGAAGGAAAAGACAUGGCUGCUGUUCAAAGAACGCUAAUGGCUUUAGGAAGUGUGGCAGUUACAAAAGAUGAAGGCUUUUAUAAAGGAGAUCCACAAUGGUUUCACAGAAAAGCACAAGCUCACCGACGUGAAUUUUCAGAAGAUCAACUUCGACAGAGCCAAACUGUGAUCAGCCUUCAGAUGGGAAGUAACAAAGGGGCUUCACAAGCAGGAAUGACAGGCUAUGGAAUGCACAGGCAGAUUAUGUAAUUCUCUGUGCUUAAACAUAAUUCAUCAAACAAGAUUUCAAAGACUGUAAAAUGAAAAUGAAAAAACAGUACAAGUACUUUAAUAUUAUAAAUCAGGUAUUAUGAUUACUCACCCAAUGAGCCAUAUGGAUUGAACUACUGCCAACAUACCCAGGGCUAAAUGCAUUUUUAUGAAUUAUGAAAAUUAGUUUGUCAUAGCAUACUUUGUAAAUUUAUUUCUAUAUUUAUUUAUCCAUUUUAGAAAUGGAACAGUUUGUUGUGAUUAUGUAAGUUAUUUAUUAAUGGCUAAUUUGGCCACCUACCUUCCUGCCAUUUAGAAAUAAAAAAAAAUUAAUUAACAACAUGCAAUUAAUGUUGUAUUUUUGUCUGUUUUGGUCAUUUAGAGAGGCUUACCUUCAUGUGGCUCUUUCAAAUACAAACACACACACACACACACACACACACACACACACACACACACACACACACGCGCACAUGUGUAUUCAGAAAUUACAUGUCUGAGAUAAUGGCUGAGCCAUCACUGUUUAAAGUUUGUGCACCUUGACCCCUUAGGCCUGUCAAAACCAAGAAAAGUGGUAAUUGAAAAAAAAAACGAAAAAAAAAACACCAAAGUGUUAUGGUUAAAGACAGGCCAGUGUGUGUGUGUGUUAAUGAGAUUCUAAACAUGGUGUCAGUAGAACUAUGUGGCAAGAUUUUGUGAGACUACCCUACAGCCAGAGUAAAGUACCAACAGCUGCUAUAAGCAUUGACCAUGCACAAGUGUCUAUGUUAGUCAACAAGAGGCUAUGUGCACACACAGUAAAGCUGCAUUGUUGAUGUAUUGUUGUAAAUGAAGGCAAUAGAUAUGCAGAGAAAUAUCCAAUGUAAGGUAAUAAGUCACAUAUGCCCUAGUGUGGAAUGCCAAAGUGGUAGUAGGACAACAGAAACAGACAGUAGACUGAAAAUGGAGCUGCUGGUCAAAGCAGGGGUGCAGAAUACAAUGGAGGAAGGGAUAUGAAAUACUCACAUAUAUCAGUGUGAAUUUCUUGAACUUACAAUAUGUAAAAUUCAGACAUGAAAGGUGGGAUACAGUAAAGUAACAUGAUGUACCAACCCACAAUAGCCUUAACAACAUCUGAGUUUGAUCAAUGUACCUGUACUAUAACGUAAGUAUCAUGAAAAAAAUAAAAAUAUGAAACCAUGGGA